AUGCUGCAACUAUCACGACUUGUCAUCUUAUUAAAAACAAAAGGAACCAGCGAGUACAUUAAAAUAGAUUUAGCACAACAAGUUCUUUCAAGUCCAUCCGUGGUGCCAUUAAAAGAAUACAAGUGGUUUGGAACAAUGUUGACAUCAUUGCAAAUAAAUGUAGUCAAUUCCAAUGACAUUUCAUGUUCAAAACUAUUGCCAUCUUCCAUUGUUUCAUCAAUACAAAAUCAAUUAGAAGAUGAUAAUAUGAAUAUUGUAUAUUUUGAUGAUAAAAGAGAACAUGGGGUGAAAAAACUUACCACUGGAAUCAAUGAGAACGUGCUCAGUUAUCUGGAAAAUUUCGAGAGUUGUUAUACAUUGGAUCAAUUAAAAGAAGCACUUAAUAAAAAUAAUAUACAUGGACAAACAAAUGUUCCUUUCGAUAUAAAAUACAUCUAUCAAUUUUCAAUAACAUGUUUAAAUUUAACAGAGUUUGAAUAUUCUGCAUAUGUUUGGGUGCCAUUAAUAAACUAUGCAUUUAUGGAAAGUGACAAUAUCAAAAUUGCGAGUGGUGAUGUAUCUUCAAGAGGGUUUGAAAAGUUGAAAUCUUUGGCCCAGACACAAAAUAAAACAGGUCCAAGAAUUGAUACAAAGGGUGCAAUAUUAUCAACUGGAAUUGAGGUAUUACUAAUAGAAAAUGCAGUAAAUGAAGAUCAAAAUAAACAACUCCUAGACCAAGAGAAAUUAGAUAUUGCACAAAGUGGUAAUAAUUUUCCUUUAUAA